CCGCCUUCUCCAUCGAAGCGCUCUGGCGGCGCCGAAACCUCUACUGGUUGCGGCGGAACACGGCUGGGCCGUGUCUGGGGGUCGCCGGGAGGUGUCACGGUGGGAUAGUGGUGACAAUCUGGAAUCCGUAGGAACAUCCGAGGAGGGAAGAGAUGGAUGAUUCCACCGUCCCUCUUCAUCUCGGGUUUGUGAAGGAGAGCGAGAAGCAGCCAAUGGAGAUUGAGGGAGGCGGUAGCGGAUCGGCGGAGACCCGUGGCCCUUCCCGCGGCAAGAAGAGGCCACUUUCCCCGCGGGGCGAGGAAGUCGAGGAUUCACCCAGGUCUACCACCAUGGAUACUGACGAUGAAUGGUUGGUCAGCGACAGCGGCAGCGAGGAGGAGGAGGACGACGCCGACGACGAUAAUGGGAAUCAAGGGUUGUAUCCCCCUCUUACAAUUGAAAAAUUCCCAAGGGCUAGUUGUGACCCUGACAAGCAAACUGAGUUGUUGUAUGCAAAUCCACUGACUAAGCUUCAUGGGCCUACACCAACCAGGCUUUUCCCUGCAUUCAAGACUGGCGAGCAUAUAUUCAGAUCAGACUACAAUCUUGCUGAUCUAUCUGACAUCACUGUGAGCAAUGCUGGAGAUUGCUUAAAUGGAUGCUAGUGUGUUUCAAUGGUAUUGCUUCAGUUCAUUGAUGCAAAAAUUGCUGGUUAUGAACAUAACCGUCCUGGUCGUGCGAAGAUCUAUGGUUUGUUGCAGCACGGGACAAAAUCAAUCCCUUGCGCAACUAUGUUUAUAAGCAUGGUAUUGACAACUGUGAAGCUGUUUCUGUGAAACGAAAGACGGGCGUGGCACGUUUGUCACUAAUCAGCCCCACUCGAGUCAUUGGAUUCUCAUUCCAUGCAUUGAUCGAGUUUGAGCUCCAUGCCUCAACUGAGGAUGAGGCAAAUGGUGGUGAUGGUCCAAUCAUUGAAGGCUGCACUGAGUUAU